GUCAUUUCCUGACGUCGCCACGGGAGCUGCAGUCGUCUCGAACCCGGUCAGCGGCGGCGGCGGCGCGCGUGCGCGCUUCCGCCGCGCCCUGAACGGAGCAGCAGCGCGGAGGCCCGUGGCGGGGAGCGAAGCAGCGUCAUCCCGGCCUCUAGCCCGCCUGCACACUGCCCGCGACUCGGUGGGGCGGCAACAUGAGCGGCAACGACUUGGAUAAGAACGACGAGUUUGAUGAGCAGCUACGAAUGCAAGAAUUGUAUGGAGACACCAAGGACGGCGACACCCCGCAGGACCCCGAAGGAGGAGAAGCUGAUGCUCUCGGGCAGCCGCCGGCUGACACCCCUUACGAGUGGGACCUGGACAAGAAGGCUUGGUUCCCCAAGAUCACUGAAGAUUUUAUUGCUACCUAUCAGGCCAAUUAUGGCUUUUCCGAUGAUGGUGCAUCUAGCUCUACUGCAAAUGUCCAAGAUGUGAGUACUAGGACUGUGGAGGAGCCUCCUCCACAAAGAAAACUCCCCCAGCCCAGUGAUACCAAAAAGAGGGGAGAAAAGAGAAAGACUGACUCAGGAUGGUUUCAUGUUGAGGAAGACAGAAAUACAAAUGUAUAUGUGUCUGGUUUGCCUCCAGACAUUACAGUGGAUGAAUUUAUACAGCUCAUGUCCAAGUUUGGCAUUAUUAUGAGAGAUCCUCAAACUGAAGAAUUUAAGGUCAAGCUUUACAAAGAUAAUCAGGGAAACCUUAAAGGGGAUGGACUCUGUUGUUAUUUGAAGAGGGAAUCUGUGGAUCUUGCAUUGAAACUUUUGGACGAAGAUGAAAUUAGAGGCUACAAAUUACAUGUGGAGGUGGCAAAGUUUCAACUCAAGGGGGAAUAUGAUGCCUCAAAGAAGAAGAAGAAGUGCAAAGACUACAAGAAAAAACUCUCUCUGCAGCAAAAGCAAUUGGAUUGGAGACCUGAGAGAAGAGCUGGGCCAUCCCGAAUGCGCCAUGAGCGAGUUGUCAUCAUCAAAAAUAUGUUUCAUCCCAUGGAUUUUGAGGAUGAUCCAUUAGUGCUAAAUGAGAUCAGAGAAGACCUUCGAGUAGAGUGUUCAAAGUUUGGACAAAUUAGGAAGCUCCUUCUCUUUGAUAGACACCCAGAUGGUGUGGCCUCUGUUUCCUUUCGAGAACCAGAGGAAGCCGAUUGCUGUAUCCAAACCCUUGAUGGAAGGUGGUUUGGCGGCCGUCAGAUCACCGCUGAAGCGUGGGAUGGAAGUACAGAUUAUCAGGUGGAGGAGACCACAAGAGAAAGGGAGGAAAGGCUGAGGGGAUGGGAGGCCUUCCUCAGUGCUCCUGAAGCAAACAGAGGCCUUCAACGUUCAAAUUCUGUGUCCGCCGCAGAAAGAGCUGGGCCUUCCAGAGUAAGACAUUUUUCAGAGCGCCCUAGCACAUCUCAAGCGAAUACUCAAGAAGCUGCAGCUGAAAUGGCCUUCGAAGAGCCCGUAGAUGAAAAGAAGUUUGAAAAAGCUGAAGAUGGGGGAGAACUUGAAGAAGAGGCUUCUGGAAAAGAUGCUAAAGAAGUUGACUCCGGAAAAGAAGCUGAAGAAGGCUGCCGCCCCAAUGGCUCUGAAGACCUCAACCGAGAGUCUGAAAAAGGCUUCCCCAAAAGAAAACGGGAAGAAAACUCCUCCGAGAGAGAAUCUGGAGACGGCAGCCCUGAAAAAGAGUUUGAAGAGGGCAAUUCUAAAAAAGAGGUACUAGAAAAUGGCCCGGAGAGAGAUCCCAAAAAGAAGAAACUCAGUCACGACUGUGAAGAGAAUGGCCUUGAAAAGGAAUCUGAAGAAGAUGGUUCCAGCAAGGAGUCUGAAGAGGACAGCCCCCAGCAGGAGACUGAAGAUGAAGACUCGGAAGGCGAACCCGAUGGCUUUACUGAGAAACAAUUUGAAGAUGAUUCCGAUAAAGAAUUUGAAGAGAAUGGUCUUCAGAAAGAUUUCGAUGAGGAUAGCUCCAACAAGGAAUUUAAUGAAAACAUCGGUGAAGGAGAAUUAGAAGAGAAUGCCUCCGAAAAAUCUGAGUCGGAUGAUGAUGACAGCUCUGAAGAAGCACUGGAUGAGGAAGGCUCUGGGAAAGAGUUUGAGAAAGAGUCAGAUGAAAAGGAAGAGGAUGAGGAAACAUAUGAGAAAGUAUUUGGUGAUGAGUCUGAUAGAGAGGAAGAAGAGGAGGAGGAGGAAGAAGAGGAGGAGGAAGAGGAAGAAGAAGACGAUGACACGGGUGAAAAGCUGUUCGAAGAUUCAGAUGGAAAGGAACAUAAAGCAUACGUACAGGAUGACGCAGAAGAUGUGCUGUUCAAAGAUGAAGAUUCCUACGAGAAGUCAUUCGAUGACCAGAAUUCCAUAGAUAAGCUGUUGGAAGAUUCUGAUGAGUGGGGGACUGUGGGCGGCGGUAGUAGUAACGGAAGUGUUAAAGAAGAAGAACCCCUGUCCUCUGGCAGCAGCUUUGUCCUUAGCUUUGAUGACAACGACGACGAAGAUGAUGAUGAUGACGACAAUGUGUAAUCCUUUAAAUCCACUCUUUAAGGAGAAGAUUUCCUCCACCCACCUUUUGCCUAUGCGCCCGGGUAAUUACUAGUAGUGUUACUUGAACCUGUGCAUAGUGGUAGGAUACCGUCAUAUUAACGCACCCACGUUUUCAUUGUCACCUGUACUUACUGGUUUUAAAUAUCUGUUAAGUGGCUCUUCAGUUAAAAAAAAAAAACAGUAGAUAAAAUAAGGCAAAGAAACUGGAUCCUUGUCCUUUGUCAAAUUUGUUAAAUGCAUGCAGAAGAAUAUUUUUUAAAGUAUUCUGAUUCAAGUUUGUGAUAUCCAGAAAUUUAAAAAGAAAAAAAGAGAGAGAGAGAUGUUAAUAUGCAGAAACUGAGACAGUUUUACUUGAGUUAAAUUGCAUUUUUCAGUUCUUGCCGUUGCUUUACUCAAACUGAAGUUUGUUUGUUUGUUUGUUGUUGUUUUUUCCUAAUGACUUGGAAAAUCCCAUAGGCCUCUCCUUGCUUCUGCUUUGCAUUACCACUUAUGGUCCCCACGUCCCUUCUCUAAACCAGAACCUGUUAUGAAAAUUCGAAAGUGAUUAACCCUUUAGACUCUUUCCUCAGCCAAUCCUUGCAAAUUGCUUUCAUUUGUUUUCUUUGUUACCUGCUUCCCAUGAAGAUUGGCUUUUAUGUGUGCAAAAGUGGACUUCCUCUGUCACUGAAAAUAAGGAGUAAGAGAUUAGAAUCGUAUCAUAUACUGAUUGGGCCUCUUUGUAAGUUAAGGGACCUUUCCCCAGAAAAAAAAAAAAUGUAUGUGCGCACACUAUACAACUUUGGAUGUUCUGUUUGAGGAAGUUCCUAGACCCAGCCCCCUGCCCUGAGUUUUAGAGCUUCUUUUGUCAUGCUGAUUUUGUUUUUCUGGUUUUGUUCUGGAAACAUGGUGCCUAGUACUGUGUGUGCUAAAUUGUGUAGUCCCAAUACAGUUUUGGGCCUUUCUUGGUUAUGCUUUUCAAAUUCAGUAUUGAAUAAUUGACUUCUGAUGUAGUGUUAAGAAGUUCUUCUCAUAAAUUAGAAGCAUUAAAAUAAACUGCAUUGAUGCCUUUUCAUUA